CUGGAGGAGGGUGGGGUGUGCCCUGGAAAAGAAUGCUGGGGUCUGUGGCUCUUCUUUCUCUGCUUCCUGCUUGUCACGAGCCGAGCAACUCUGCCCCGCCACACACCCUACUGUGACGUUCAGCCUCGUCUGAGACCCAGAGUGAUGGCGCCAAGCGAUCAUGGAGCUGCUGAAACCAUGAGCCGAGAUGAACCUUCCCUCCUUGAAGUUGUGUAUCUCAGGCGUACUGUCACAGGGAAGGAAUCUGACUGACACAAUGGGGGUGCUCUGGCUGUCGGUGGUCUCUGAGGUGCUCUACAUCCUCCUGCUGGUGGUGGGCUUCAGCCUCAUGUGUCUCGAGCUCUUCCACUCCAGCAGCGUCAUCGAUGGGCUCAAGCUCAACGCCUUUGCGGCCGUCUUCACAGUGCUGUCAGGCCUCCUGGGCAUGGUCGCCCACAUGAUGUACACCCAGGUGUUCCAGGUCACUGUGAGCCUCGGCCCCGAAGACUGGCGACCCCAUUCCUGGGACUACGGGUGGUCCUUCUGCCUGGCGUGGGGUUCCUUUACCUGCUGCAUGGCAGCCUCUGUCACCACUCUCAACUCCUACACCAAGACAGUCAUUGAGUUCCGGCACAAGCGCAAGGUCUUUGAGCAGGGUUACCGGGAGGAGCCGACCUUCAUCGACCCCGAGGCCAUCAAGUACUUCCGGGACAGGAUAACCGCACCGCGUGAGCCUCUCCUCCCCAUGCUCUGUGUCCUCGUCACCACAGGCAGCACUUCCCCCAGCAACACCCUCCUCCGUCUCUGCCUGUGGCUUCACUUCUGGUUUUCAAGCGACCCAUGCUCUUCUAAGAUCCAGAAAUAUUAAAUGAAAAUUUCAGGAAGACACAAUUCAUAAGUUUUAAGUAACUUUUGUGGUAGCAUGUUGGUGUAAUCUUUAUGGUUUGAAUCCAAGUGGGCCCCUGCAAGAGUGUGUUCUUGUCCCCAGCCUUCCCUCUCUUGCUUUUCCUUGCUCCACCCUGAUGUUUCUGCCUUGGAGCCAGCUGACCAUGGACUGAGCCUUCUGCAACCAUAAACCAGCCUUUCUUCCUUGUGUGUGGCAGAUGUUUUGCUCCAGCAGUGGAAGGGUGACCAAUGCGUCACUUGAUUUUAUUGAACCAUCAUUAGGUCUUCUUGUUAGUCUCUUGCUGUGCCUACGUUAAAAGUUAAACUGCGUCACAGGUCUGUACGUAUCGGGAAAACACAGGGUAUAUAGGGCUGGGUACCCCCGCAGUUUCAGGCAUCCACCGGGGUCUUUGACUGUCUUCCGUCAGGGGAGGAGGCCCGCUGGGGUUCCUCUCUCUGUGCUCAUCAUCCCCCGUCCAGGCUGCAUCCAGCACCUGGGUGAGUCCAGCCACCUCCGACACCAUCUUUCCAAGCCAGUUUUUGCCCUUCCGACCCGCUCCCCGCCCUCAGCAGCCAGUCGCCUCUUCCGUGUGCUAGUGUGACGGGAUGAAGUGUGGUCCAUCGUCCUGUGUAGAUCCCUGGUGUGACUUCCACAGCCUCCCGGCACAGGGCAGCUCCUCGCCCUGACUUCUGAGCAUUGCCCUGUGCCCAGCCACCCCGCUGUGGUUUCUUGCCAUGUCCUGCGGUCUCCAGAGCUCUGACCUGCUUUCCCUGCCCGAGUGCCCCCCAGCGUCUCCCGUUUCUGACCAAGUACGGUGUCCCCACUGACUGCUCCCCAUGCCGCCCGCAGGCAGGGCUGUGGGAGGGAUUCUGACGUCCAGUGCAGAGGCCUGCAGGACGCCGGAGGAGCCGGUUAGAAGCCGAUUAGGGAGGGGAGGGGUCUGGGAUUCCACUGCCAUUAGGGAGUGUUUGUGUUUCCAAGGAAUGAUUUCGACCCAUGCCGUCCUCAGGAUGUGUGAGUCCAGCCCAGUGGUGCAGACACGAGCUGUAAAGAUCAGGCCCCGGUGCUGACACUGGAUAACUGGACCUUCUGUUAUUUUCCAAAUGCUUUGUGUUAUGAUUAUAC